AUGUUGAAAGAAUGGCAAUCAGAGAAUGAAGGCAUGAUUUACUCCUAUUUCGACGCUUAUGCUGCAAUGAGUGACCUCCAAUUGAACUUAUGCACCCAUUUCAGGAUUUACAGAUGUGAAUGCAGCUUGUGGGGACUUGGAGAGUUGAAUGCCAGGGCUCCUAGCCUGCCGGUGUCAAAGCCUUGUCCCACUAGUCAAGACCAAGUUUUCCGGGAUCAAUACCAUCCUACAGAGGCAGCUUCACAGAUCUUUGCCGACAGAAUUCUUGAUGGUCUCUCAACUUACACUUAUCCUAUUAAUACGAGACAACUUUUGCAAUUAACUUUCAUUUCAAAUGACUUCUUUUUCGUUAUGUGUCUCUCUUUUCAGGAAGGGCAUCCGCCACAUGCCACACUUGGGAAAGUCUGUUCAUGGUGGAACCGCACGGGCUUCUUGGAUCCUUUGAACUUGUAA